GUUGGAAAAUAGAGUCAAUGUGAGCCUGUUAUUGACAAUACAGAUGUUUAGAUCACAUUACAGGUAGCUAAUAUACAGUACAGCAGAUAUUAUACAAUGGAAAUGUGAAUAUUGCCUUUUAUGGGUUUUUUUUAUUUCAUAACCACUGAUAUCUUUUCUCUUGUCAUUUCAGAAUCAUUUGGCAAAUAAUUCAAACAAUUUACAACUACAUAUAUGACAAAAUCUUUAGAUUCGCUUAUUUUAUCAGUUCAAAGCGCAUCCAACAUGAAACAGAUCAGUACUUUUUUGAAAAAGCGGAUAUUGAAAAACAGGAUGAAAAGCUUGAUGAACCGGAUUUCCCUAAACUCGGCAAAUGUUGCUCAAUACUUCUUAUUAUUGCACUUGCUUUCCUUAUGGCAGUGAGUAAUACGGACAACAUCAUUUAUAAAUGUAAGUUUGGACUUAUUUACUUUAGAAUCCAAGACGUCUGAUAUAUCAGAGUAUAAUGUCUGCAUUUGAACCAACCAAAAUCCUAAUUUCUUUCUCUUCUUUCUCCAAUUUGUUUUUUAGCUGUCCGUCCCUACAUAGAAGAGGAAUUCGAAAUAACGGACUUUUAUUCGUCAGUUAUAACUCUAAUGUUUGUUGGCAGCUGUGCAACCAUGGCCCCGAUAUUAUUUUAUUUCUGGAGUACCUUCACCGGACUAAGAGUAAUAUCAGGAAUUGUCGCCGUAAUGGUCAUGUUCGGCAUUGGCAGUACUUUAGUUUCAGAGAAGGUAAUAAUCUGUUUAUGACAGCCAAUGGCAUUUCAAUUCACUACACAUAUAAAGACAGUACCUACACAGCAAUUCAUUUUGUUCACUCUGUAUCCUAUCAAUGCAUGAGUUUUUAAUUUGUAUCUUUCUGAUUCUUUAGUCAUUCUGGACGUUUGUGUUACUUCGAAGUCUCAUGGAAUCCGUAAAAAGCCAUUAUUUAGCUGCUGCUCCAAUGCUGGUAGCAGAACUUUUUGAUACUGACCAACGACGUAAAAUGCUGACCUUACUUUACAUUCUCAACACUAUUGGAACGUAAGUACCCAUUUUUGUAUCUAAGAUUGUUAGGACUUUUUUUCUGUACAAUCUGCAUUCUAGCAUGGCAACUGUAAGCCCCUAAAUGCUCUUCUUCCUAUAUCUUCCUGUGAGUUUAUAUAAUAAUGAGAGUCUAAGCUGAUAGAAAAUAAUUCCACUUACUGCCACUUACUUUACUUUAACCCUGUCCUUUUUUUUGUUUUUACAGUUUUGCGGGGACCUUUAUUGGAACGUAUGUAGCCAGCGUAAUAGGAACCGACUGGCGUAUGGCACUGCGGGUAAGAAAAAUAUAUAUGGAGGUAUUAAAGGCUGGGGUGCUAUUAUAUAUAUACCAGUAUAAAAUCAUAUCAUUACCUUGCAAACAUGAAGGGGCAUACUUCUCAAACUUUGAUAUAGAACUCGCCACAGGUCCUGGAGACGAUUCCAUUCUCGGUAUUUACUUGUAAGAGAUUUUUUGAGGUAAAGUGAGUAAACUCUCACUUACACCCUAUAAUAAAUAUGCUUAAAAAUGCACAGGAAUGAAGAGACAGUGGCAACAUUUCACUCUGUUAAUCUGCUGGGGGCUUUAUUUCACAUUUUGAGAAAUAUAUUCUCUAUUCUCAUAUGCUGGGUCACAUAACUGAUAUUUAUUUUUAUUUGGAAACAGAUUGCACCUGUGCUUGAUGUGGUGGCUCUUGUGCUUCUAGCAGCAGUGAUGAGAAAGCCAGGUCGAGGUGGUUUUAUGUUGAAGGCUGAAAUAUAUCAGAAGAGAACUAAAGUUUACUCUGAUAUUUUUGAUCUGAUUUUAAACCGCUGUUUGGUCUUUGCUGUUUUGGGUUAUGCAGCUAGUAUGUUCAUUACUAAUAGCAUGUAUACAUAUGCUCCGAAUGUACUGAGAAAUGCUCGCAUGAUGUCAAAUAAUCACCAGCCUUGUCUGACAGUUGACUGCACCUUCGAUGACAGAUUGAUCUACGGAUUGUGCAAAUGUCUUGCUACUGCAAUCGGCAUUAUUCUCGGCGUGAAGAUCAAUGCACAUUAUAAAAAGCGGAAUCCACAUGGAGAGCCAGUUGUGUGUAUCGUAGCACUUCUGGUCUCUGUCCCACUUAUGUGCUUUGGAUUAUUUUUUGUAGGAAUUAGUUCUGUCGUAUCCCAAAUUCUCUUCUUCCUAAAUGGGAUUUGUUUGGCUAUGAACAAGGUCCUUAUCAACGAAAUCAUCAUGAUGGUAGUGUAUCCAAACCGCCGCUCUUGGUCAUUUACUGAAAAGUCAAUAAUAGGAUUGCUUGGAAAAGAAGGAGGCGAGAAAGAACAUUUAUGGAUUUUUAAAUUUAUGAAGAUAAACUACUCAGAAUCUGACCUGAUACGGAAUCACGCAAUGGAAUUUAUUCUCUACAUUUGUCCAUUUAUGGCUUUGGUCGGAGCAGGAUGUUUCUGUGUAACUGCAAAAUACUUUGAAUAUUAUAAGCAAAAUGUAGAAGACUUUAUGAAUACACCAUUCACAGAUGUAGAACAACCCUUGGAUACGGUGGAAUCAUCUGACACAAAGUAACAUGAUAGAUGAAGUUGGAAAAAGACCUCGCUGUGAUGCUUCUGAAAUGUUCUGUGAUUAUAAUAAAAUGAAAAGUUCUGUAAUAUUGAUUAAAAUACAAUAAAUAAAAAAUAUAUUUCAUAUUGAA